AUGCUGAGCAACCCGGGGACGCUGUCGAACCCGGGCGGCAGCCGCGCUGCCGUGCUGAGGUACAACGACAAGAGGCAGUCGUACAAGUUCUCCGACCGCGGCGCGCUCACCCUCAAGAAGUUCGGCAUCCGCAUCGGCAGGGACGGCAUGAAGGACUACUCGGAGGAGGUGCUUAGCCCGACGGGACACAACGGGAACGGGACCGUGGGGCCGUUCUUCAGCUCCAGCGGGGGCGGCGACGUGUUGGGUCAGGAGGGGCCGAUGGACGUGUUCUCGGCGAACGUGAUUCGGCUGGAGGAGCUAGGCCACGGCGCCACGGGGUGUGUCUACAAAGCGGUGCAUGCCACCUCUCUGCAACUCCUUGCCGUGAAGGAGGUGCCGGUUCACGACAAGACGCGGAGAGACCAGAUCGGCGCGGAACUCCGUUUGCUGAAGCACUGUAGGGCCGAUGCAGCCGCUAGGGAGGAAGAGGAGGACAAGAACAAGCAAGAGGACCCGGACGGCAACCCGGCCUCUCUGGUAGCCUUCUACGAUGCCUUCACGCUGACUCGCUCUGGCUACGUGUCGAUCGUGAUGGAGUACUGCAGCGGCGGGUCGCUUCAGGACCUGAUCAACAGGGAGGGUCCUCUGAAGGAGGCGUCCAUCGCCAGCAUCGCGCUCGACAUGGCCCAGGGGCUCCGCUACAUGCACUCGCUCAACAUGCUGCACCGCGACAUCAAGCCGGCCAACAUCCUGCUGGACCGAGAGGGGCGAGUGAAGCUGGCGGACUUUGGGUUAGUCCGGAGCCUCAACGAUAGAGGCACGAACACUAACGCCAACGACGACGGUGGCGACGCAGAAGAGGGGGCCGGCGGUCGACGAGCUAGCCGCGGACGGGCGCACUCUUUCGUGGGAACGGCCAUCUACAUGUCCCCGGAGAGGUUGCAGGGAGAGCCCUACGGCCCCUCCGCCGACGUGUGGAGCCUGGGCUUGAGUCUACUCACGCUGGCGAUUGGGAAGUACCCGCUAGAGAUCAGCUCGUUCCACAGCGGCAUCAACGGCAGCGGGGGAAGCCGCAGCAGCGGGGAGUUCCCCAAUGCCCCUGGCCCCGCCGCCACGGGGGGGGGGCUGAGCUCGGGAGCGCCAAGCUCAGCAGGCAGCCGAUUCUCGGGAGCCUUCUCUCCGCUGGUAAAGACGGUGGCGACGACACCGUCGACAUCGGCGUCGCUGCUGGCGCCGCCGCCGCCGCCGCCGCUCCGCAGCAGGAGCAGCAGUCGCGGCAGCAUCGGAGCGGGGGGGGCUGAGUCGGCAGGGUCCCCGCCCUUCUUCGAGGCGUUUCGCUCGGUGCCUCGGUUCUCGCGGAGAGAGCCCAUGUCGGUGUUCAUGCCGCCUGAGCGAGCCGCGGAGCUGCGGCUGUCGAAGGCGUUUGUGUCUUUCUUGAGGGGUUGCCUGCGGUACGAGCCGGAGAAGAGGAUGACGGCGCAGGAGAUGCUCAAGCACCCCUUCCUACAGGUGCCCCCUUCCGAGAGAGGGAUCUCGCUAGCUCAAGCCGGGGGCGGGGCGGUGGCCAUCCGAGAUAACAGACGGGAAGAAGUCCUCCUCCCCAACGGAGAAAAGAAACAGUCGCCCAAGGGGUCUCCUUUCGUGUCCGUGCUGGGCCCCGAGAAAGUCCCCGCGCCCCCGCUGGGCAGCAACGUGGCGCCCUCUUCCACCGGCAACAUGACGCCGUCGACUUCCAGCAACACCUUGGGGUUCUCGGCGUCCCCGCCGAACAGCUUCCUGGCACCCCCCCCGUCCGCAGGCGGCGGCGGCGGCGGCGGCGGCGGAGGAGGAGGCGGCGUGAUGAUGGGCUCGCCGCCCAACGGCUUCGUGACGUCGUCGACGCUGGCCUCUCCGCCGAGGAGCUUCAUGACGUCUUCCACCGGGAUGUGGGGGUCCCCGCCCCCCCACGGCGGGUACAUGGGCGGCGGCGGCGCCAUGGCCUCCCCCACGGGCGGCUUGAGGUCGGCCCUUCGGAAGCGAUUCUCAGGCACCGGGAUAGGGGAACGGUCCGACUCUUGGAACGCAGACGGUAUGCCCGGCGCCCCUCUGGACGCUGUGGUGGAAGAACCCGAGUUGGACGACGACGCUUUCGAACGAUUGGCGCAGCACAUCGGGGUCCACCCCAUUGUCGUCGAGGCCGUCUGGAGAGACGAAUGGCGUCGGCAGGCGGAGGCGGAAAGAGCUCUGCGGGCGAGGGAAGCGUUUCAGCGGGACCCUGCAGACAGGCAGCGCUC